AUGCCUAUAACAUUCUACCCUAAUGAAAUACAGGCCCAACCUUUCGCUACGGGGGUAGGCCAACGUCGCUCAGGGCAAGAACUUCUCAAAGUCGCAUGUCCAAACCAAUACAAGAAAUUUGACGAACUUUUGCAGACCUCCUUUACUGGACAGGAAGAAAUCAUAGCACAGACCAACGGCUUCGUUGAAACGCUUGUUUCAGCGUAUAAUCAACAUCUUUGCUUGAUCAUUCGCCCCGAUGAUGUGUGGGCUGCUAUCCUUGUCCAAUUUAACUUCUUCGUGAACGCCAAUAGCGAUAAACUGCGUUCCCAUUUCGUGGCCCAUGAGGAGAAAAAGACCCUCGUCGUGGUUGCGGCAGGAAGUCGUUAUACGGUGGACUUUGGUGAAAUGUCGGUUGAAAUGACUCAAAAGAUACACGAAAACGUCGUGGAUCCUAGCCUUCGCGACUGGAUCCUUCCUACAUUUUCCACAACGACCGCAAACGACACAGUCAUUUUCGCUGUUCUCAUGAUGGCGACGAUGAAGAAAUACUUCAAAUAUGUGUUCCAGCUCCGUUGUGGGUUGCCGCAGGUGACACUUGAAGGGGAAAAGUCGGACUGGGAGGCUAUUCUUGGAAGAUUAGAAAAGCUAAAAGAGUACGGACUCGAGACGACUGCGUGGUAUCACCUCCUUAAGCCGGUCAUUUCCAAGUUCGUCAGCGCAUUCGACGACCCAAAUGGAAGGGAUAACCUUGAAUUUUGGACGCGCGUUUGCCAUCGGGAUGGAGGAGGAAGCGGUCCUACCUACCUCGGGGGCUGGGUCACAGCUUUUUGCGUGUUCGACGAGGACGGGAAGUGGAUCGGGCCCCAACUAAAUCAUAACGCUUUGCCAAAUGUCGACCCCGCAUCCCUCUCCGCAGAAGACUUUUUCAAAAUUUAUACGAAGGAAACCCGUUUUCGCAAUCAGCGCCAGGCCGCACUGGUGCUCGACGGGUCACCAUACCACCUUGUCGACAGCCAAAAAAUUCCGUCUGGAUUUACGGAGGUGGAUGUUCUCGUUGAUGACAACGGCCAACUGUUCCCAUCCAUGAUGACCGUCGGUCUGAUUGGAAUGCAGGUCUGUUCCAGCGGCGAUCAAAAAAGGUCGGCUACUGGGGAGCGAGAUACCGUCAAACCGAUUGCGGGAUGGUGGCUAUUCGUCAAGAUUUCUGAUGAAAACGAGCGCGAGGAGGCGAAGAAAACAAUGAAAGAGAACUCGAGUCCAAUGCCACCGUUCCUUUCCCCACUUGACGUUCGCCUCUACUGGGUUGGACUCGUGACGUCUACGGGAUGGCGCCAUAUGGGUGCUUUGGACUCUUAUUUCAUCAAUGGGAGACCUAAUGAACAAGGGUUCAGCUCAUCGUCUGACCCGAGUCCCGCCACCGGACUCACGCCAACCGGGACAGUCAAUGGCCACGAAAUCGAGGAGGGAAACUUUGAAAACCAAACAAACAAGCCAAGCGGAACAAGAUCCAAAGAACUAUCCACAGGGUCAAAACCUUUCAACCACCUGCCAGAAGAACUAAUCAACGAGAUAUUCCUCCACUGCGCCUCCUCGCCAAUUGAGAUCUGUGGCGACCCACCCUGCACUCCGUGGUCCCUCGCACAAGUAAGCCAGCGCUGGCGCACGAUCGCGCUAUCCGAACCCAACCUCUGGACAUCCAUAACUGUAGACCUAGACUGGCAACCCGCCGCCUGGCUGAACCAGCGCACAGACGCAUUGCUCAACUUUUUUCGAGGGUGCCUUCACCGAUCUCGUGACAGGCCCUUGCAUCUACGUGUUAAGGCUUUCCAGCGUAUUCACCCCCUUCUUUUCCCACUUACCGACCUCUGCUUGGCUGAAGCUCAUCGAUGGCAGACGGUGUCGCUUCAUUUUUCUUUAUCCCCGUUCAUGGCCAAGCUUGAGAAGAGUCGGGGACGACUUUCCCUGCUAAAGGCUCUCAGCUUGACUCACGAGUACCGCCCUGCGUUCGCAAUAACCGCUUUCGUAGCAUCCCCCCAACUCACCCACCUCACCCUCUGCAAACUCCAUCACCCAACCAGUUCGUUAAAGGUCCCCUGGAACCAAAUAACGCACUUUGAAUCCAACCUACUUCAGUACAGACAAGGAGAACUCGACCAAAUCCUAACGAACAUGCCUCUCCUCGAAGAGCUUAAAGUGGUUUGCGGGAUAUCACUAUCAUCAACGACGGAUCACAACGCAACCGUCGAAAUUAUCUCCCUACCCAACAUCCGCUCAUUCCAUGUCUCAGGACACGAAGAAGCCCUCAACCAGAUCCUCAACCUACUCCACACACCCAGCCUCAAACACUUUGCUAUAGAAACCAUGGAAAACGGAACGCGCUUGUCGGAUCUCGUCGUCUCGGCUUUUUUAGGCCUGCACCACAGAUCACAGUUCACGCUCGACUCUCUAUCCAUCGACAAACUACCCGUACAGAGUACAGUCCGGAUCCUCGACCUCGUCCCGAGCAUCACGCACCUCUCCGUUCAGAGCCGAGGCGUCACAGAGCUCUUACCAACAUACCUCACAUUAAACCGUGAGGCACCCAUCACCACUGCAAGGAGACCAUACCACCAAGAAUGGGGUUCACAGAGCAGGUUCUUCCUAGUGCCCAAUUUACGAAAUUUGGUCAUGGAAGAUCUAUACACGUUCGCAGACUCCGCAACGCUCGCUUCGUCCGCAAACACGUUAUUGAAGAUGGUCAAGUCGCGAUUAAACCCCGAAGGAGACUCGGAGGGUCGCUUGGAAUCGGUCAGCAUCGUGGCCCUUCUUGCCGUUGGGUUGUCCGAUGCUGAUAUGUUGGCGUUUGAUGUGUUGACGGAGUUUGGGGGGGCGCAGAGGGUCAAGAUGGAUGUGGAUGUGAGGCGGAAGGGUGGUACCCUGCAUAAUUUGACGUCUCUGCGUAGCGCGAAUUGA